AUGGAAAAAACAUUUACCCUGUCACAAAUAUUAGAUUAUGGAAGAGCAUUAGCUCGUACAGACCAACAAACAAAGGAAAUUAUAAAAAAGGACAUUUCUGAUGGUAAUGAGGAACAUACUAAUCAAUUACAACAGGAUCACCGAAGACCUAGAACAACCAGUAAGUACUCGUCAUCAUCUAGUAAGAGAUGUUUUAAAUGUGGACUGGGGUUUCCACACAAGGAUAACCAGAAAUGUCCAGCUGUAGAUAAAGAAUGUUACAAGUGUCAUAAAAGGGGGCAUUUUGCUCGUGUAUGUAAAACAACCGGAGGAGCUCCUAGUUCAUUCCAGCGUGUUAAUAAGGUUGAUGAACGGCAUUCAUCAACCCACAAAUCAACAAGUAAUUCGAGUAGUGACUCAGACAGCAGUUCAGAACACAUGUUCACAGUUCAACAAGCAUAACAAAGUAAGCAUCCCUAUUCUACGGUCCGCGUUAAUGGAGUCCCGAUGAAAAUGAUGGUGGACAGUGGUGCGUCUGUUAACGUUUUGGGUCCUGAGGAAUUCGAACAUUUAAAGCAAACAAAGCAAAGAAUCAAUAUCCUUAAAAACAACCAACACAAGGAUGCAUGCUUUUGGAGAAAAUAACCCUAUUCCCCUAUUAGGCACAGUGGAGACACUAGUAGAAUCAAAACAUUGUAUGAGAGUGACUACAAUUUACAUUAUAUCACAUUUGUGUCGGUUUUCUUUGAUCGUCCGAGGUUUAUAACUAGCUUAUAUACCUUGAAUAAAUAAUUGGAUUAAACCUGUAGACAAAACGCGAGAAUUUUUCAUUAUAAGUUUUUGAAAAUGACAAGAUAUGUUAGAAAACCUCCACAAAAGUCGGUUUAUAACUGAUAUAUUGCCCUCGGACGCUACGCGUCCUCGGGGGCAAUGCAUCAGUUAUAAACCUCCUACUCGGUUUAUAACUCUAACUUACAGCAUCUCAAUAUGAUAAAUUGCUAAGUAAUACAACAGCACAGCAAUUAAGACUUAUUAAGCUUGAUCUAAAUUCAGUUUCUCAGCAAGCAGUACAAGAGGGUGAUUCGGAAAGAAAAGCUUCGCGACAAACCGCAACCCAAGUUCGGAUACCCACUACAACCAGUAACUCGACAAGUAGUAAUGGUUAGAAAAUGACAAAAGUAUGCACAAGUACGCCAGACACGUACAGGGCGAGUCUCGACUCUUUUAGAAGAGUACGCAGAUGUAUUUGAAGGUGUAGGACAUCUUAAAGGGUUUGAACAAAAACUGCACAUUGACAGCGUGCCACUCGCGGCCCAAACAUACCCUAGAAUACCUUUUAAUCUUCGUCCUCAGUUAGAGAAAUGGCUUCAAGAGUCGCAGGAUAAUGAUUUGAUUGAACCUAAAUGAUUUAAAUUAAAUUAAAUUAACCUGUCGUUAAUAAUAAAAGUACAGAGUGGGUCAGUGGAGUAGUGAUCGUGCCUAAGCCAAAAAUCCGGACGAAAUACGCGUAUGUGGGGACUAUCGCAGAGUUAACGAAGCCGUUAAGAGGGAACAUCACCCUAUGCCUACAAUUGAGGAACUAACAGAUGAUAUGAGCAAUGCAGCUCACUUUUCUCGCCUGGAUUGAAGAAGCGGAUACCACCAAAUUGUGCUUAACGAAGAAUCGCGUGGUAUAACAAUUUUACCACCCAUAAAUGUCUUUUCCAGAGGAAAAGACUCCCUUUCGGAAUCAACUUGGCAGGCGAAGUGUUUCAAAAUGCUAUCAAGCAUGCAUUGCAAGGAUUGAAUGGAGUUAAAAACAUUGUUGAUCACAUCAUUGUUUGGGGGCGAACUCAAAAAGAACAUGAUGACAAUCUUCAAGCUCUAUUGCAGAGACUAAGAGACACAGGAUUGACUGCAAAGAAAAGCAAUUGCCUUUUCAACGUGGACAGUUUAUGGUUUUAUGGCACGAUUGCUAGUAAGAAUGGGAUCAGGCCUGACCAAGAGAAAGUUGUUGCAAUAAAAAAUACAUCUGCCCCAAACAAUGUAAAAGAACUUCGUAGCUUUCUAGGACUCGUGAAUUACUGUUCGAAGUUUAUUCCUAAUUUCUCCACCAUUCCGGCGGCGCUACGGAAAUUGGACCGAAAAAAGGUUCCAUGGACAUGGGACGCCAGUCAUCAAGAGACCUUUGAUCAGGUUAAAUCUUCGCGAUCUGAACAGUGUACGUUGGCAUAUUAUGACCCUAACAGAUCAACGAGUGUGGUUGUGGAUGCUAGUUCUGUAGGACUACGGGAUAUUUUGGUUCAACAUGACGAACAGGGCAUUUUGAAAGUGAUAGCUUUUGCUAGUAAAGCAUUAACAAUAGUUUAACAGCGGUACUGUCAGACAUAACGAGAAGCGUUGGCAUGUGUGUGGGCAUGCGAGAAAUUUCAUUUAUAUUUAGUUGGUUGUCAGUUUACCUUGUAUACAGAUCAUCAAGCGUUAGAAAUCCUUUACUCAGCAAAGGCGAAACAAUCUGCUCGAAUACAGAGAUGGGCAUUGCGCCUCCAGCAGUAUAACUACACGGUCGAGUCAAGUAUCGUCCAGGCACAGGGAAUCCGGCAGAUUUCCUUUCGCGGGCUCCAAUUAACGAGCCCUCGGGACAGUCUAUUGCCGAAGAAUAUAUUAACUUUGUAACAGAGCAAGCCACCCCCAGAACAAUUACCUUGUAAGAGGUGCAAGAAGCGACAAAGAACGAUAAAGAACUGCAGUCCGUUGGACGAACACUUCAGUCUGGCAACUGAAAGACAAAUCCAUAUCAGCUUAUUUUGCAGUACGGCAUGAAAUAACAUCAGUAAGGGUGUACUGUUGAAAGGACACCGACUGAUUAUACCAAUAUCACUUCGAAAUAGAACUCUAGCCCUGGCACACAGGAGACAUUUGGGAAUUGUCAAGACAAAACAAAAUUUGAGAACCAAGGUAUGGUGGCCUAGAUUAGAUAAACAAGCAGAGCAACAUGUAAAGGAGUGUUUGACGUGCCAAAUAUCUGGUAAUCCUGAACCCCCUCCGCCUCUAGCAGUUAUCCCACCUCCAAUGGCACCAUGGUCAUGUAUUCAUGUUGAUUUCUAUGGACCAGCACCUACAGGAGAGCAUCUAUUGGUGCUGUUAGAUGAAACAACCGGAUUCCCAGAAGUUGAGAUUAUGAAUAAAACCACAGCUUUUCAUACAAUACGAGCGUUUGAAAAAGUUUUUGCCCGACACGGUAUGCCAGACACAAUUAAGACGAUAAUGGGUCGCCGUUCCAGUCCAAGGAAGUUAAGGAAUAUCUGACAACACAAGGCGUCCACCGUCACCGUGUUACACCUUUAUGGCCCCAGGCCAAUGGAAAAGUGGAAGGCUCCAUGAAACCUAUGGUAAAGCUAUUCGAGCGGCUUUGGCAGAGGGUCAAGAUUGGCAAAGAGAACUAUUCGCAUUUUUGAUGAAUUAUCGUACUACGCCCCACCAAUCUACAGGUGUGGCGUCAGCCGAGAUGCUUUACAAAAGAGUAAUUGGAUCUACCGUUCCGUCUUUCUCUCAGGCACCUGCCAAUACAGCUGCAGAAAAGGUUUUGAAAAGAAAGGAUAAGUCAAAACAAUAUGUAGAUGCCAGAAGACAUACAAGAAAGUCAGCGAUAAGGGAAGGAGAUACAGUGUUGGUGAAACAGAAAAAGAAGAAUAAGUAUACAACCAUGUUUCGUCCUCAACCAUACAAAGUUAUCAAUGUGCGAUAUUCCAGAGUAACAGCGCAAAGGGGUGAUCAUGUGAUUACAAGAAACAUUUCGCAUUUUAAGAAAUUUAGUGGAGCGUAUAGAGAAACUGUUCUGAAGCCUGAGUCAGAAGACGAUAUUACCAUUGCGGCCCCACAAGCAGGACAGGACAAUGAUCAAGACAUAAUUGAAGAUAGGUAUCCUUUAAGAGCAAACAAAGGCGUACUGCCAGAUUUUUAUGGACG